AUGCAACUUGCGAACGAAGAGCAAGUUCUUAGCCAACAAGAUGAGGGGCAAACUCUCAACCCCAACCUUAAUUCUCAGUCACAAAAGGAAAAUUCUCAUGUGGUUGCAAGCCGGCCACCCAUUCCACCUACUCCUCUAGAGGAAAGGGAGGUUAGUAAGGAAUAUAAGAAUGAGAAAGAGAUGGGUGAGACGAUGUUAGGAUCAAAUGUUCAAGUCGACCAUCCUAUUGAGAGCCUGACAUUGGUUGAGGAAAAGGAGUACACCCAAGGGGAUGAGACCCAAAAGAUGGCCACCGAUGAAAAUUGCAAUAUGGUCCAACCCAAGGCCACUAUUCUAGGAUGUAAUAACUUACCACCUAGUGAAGAAGGAGGUCGAAGCACGACCCAAGGUGGAAUCAUAAUAGACAUGAUUGUAGGAGAAAAACUAGACAUUGCGAGACCACAAUUGCAAGUGGUCAAGUUUAUUGAGCCCCAGCCAAAGGCCAAGAUUGGCCGACCAAAUGGACUUGGGGGGCAUGAAGGGGCAAGAUCCAAGUCAAGAAUAGGAAGGGCUCCAAGCUUGGAGUAA